UAUUAUAUAGUAAUAUUUAUUUUAUUAUUUUAUGAUAAUAUUUUAAAAUCUUAAAAUCUAUUUUAAAAUUUUAGAGGGAUCGCUCUCAUCUUGUUUGCCCCGUUGGUGAUCAUCUCCAGCCCCGUAUGGAUCCCGUCGGCACGCUUCUCUUCGUUCUCGUCUCCGUCUUCUUGAUGACGUGCUGCUGCUUUGUGGCGUUCGUUGCCGGGUUGUCAUGGAUGCAUAGCUAUUUUAGAGGGAUGCAUCCACCCGGGUCGGACCGGGUGGAAUACGCCAGGAACUGGAUCGUCGACAUGACUACCCAUGUAAAAGAAUGUGCUAAAGAAUAUAGUGGGUACAUGCAAGACAAGACCAACAAGGAUGUUGCUCCUGGAUCCUAGCUCUAGUUGAAGGGGCAAACAAAAUUUUGAUGUUCCAAUUGUUGAUGGGUCGGACCGGUCGGGUUGGGUUCACGGUUGAAUCUGUUUAGGAUAUAGUUUCCGACGGGUACUUUGGAGAGAAGAAAUCUUCCGUUGUUUGUGGUCAUAAAAAGAUUGUAGAGUGAGCUUUCUCCUCUAAAGUAAUCUACUCUUCUUCAUCUAUGCUUUUCUUCUUCGAUUUUUCAGACAACAGAGCCCACAAACCCUGUUGUUUCAACAGUACUUGCAUCUUGAUCUGCCACAAACUGAAACUGUUUCUUCCGAUAAACUUCUCAAUCUUCAUACUGAUAGCAGCCAUUCUUACUAUCAAGCAAACUCCAACCAAACUCCACAAAGCAAAACUUCAGUCCAGCGCCAAAUUCCCAAAACCGCAACCAAAGGCUCUGAUACCACUUGUCAGAACAAAAGCGUGCAAUCGAUAAUCCAAACCAACACGAACGAACACAAAUUUAACGUGGUUCACUAACACAAUGUGUGCUAGCUAAUCCACGGACAAGGGAGAACAAAUUUCACUUAUUUUGAGGAGAUACAGGUUACAAACCAAAUUCCAAACGGACAAACCAAACAAUCUAACCCGACUGACCUUACAAUAGAUUAGGGUGGUGAAGAGUAUUUAUAGAACUCUUCUCCUAAUCCCAAACAGAAAACCAAACACCUUUUUCCCAAACAUAUAAGGAAAAGGUCAAACAAAACCCAAACACAAACCCAAACAAAAUAGGCCCAAAACACAAAACAAACCCAAAUUAAAUUCAAGUCAUAUUCUAAGAGGAUGUUUAACCUAAUACCCACGUUGAUUAACAAAGGGUAUAUAGGUAGGAGUUGUAGCCGCUUGGCUAAUAUAAGUUGCAGCUUUCUAUCCUGCAAAACCUAAUAAGAGAAAACCGAGAACUCACGUUCUCCGUGGAGUAGUCUCAUUCUCACGAACGGAGAAACCACGUAAAUCACACGUGUUCUUACUUUCCGCAAUCGCACUAUUUUACAACCAGAGAUACAGUCUCGUUCUUAGUCUAGGGGUUCCCAUUCCAAUCCUUUCACCAUAGUCUUUCUCGAUUUCUUGAGUGAUAAAUUGUGAAGGGUAGUACCCAUGGUGAAGGUUAAUGACAACAAGACUGAAAUUUCCUUUAUCUGUCUGACUCAAGGAAAAGCCUAUAAUAUACGUAAUACUAUCUUAAUUGCUGCGCAAGACUUAAUCACCACGUAUAUCCGUACUGAUUGCCAAUGUGUUUCACUGGCACUUCAACAAGAUCCUGUCCUCUGACCUUGGCAAUGCUCUGCGACUAUUGCGCCAAUGGUUUCCUUCAUCCAAUCUGCACCCUGGAUUCUUGUUCAGUGGUGAGGCUAGGAUAAACACUUUACUACUGAACUGGUUGUUAAUUUAGGGCUGUCAAUCUGGUUUGGUUUGGUUAACCAAACCAUUAAGUAUGAAAAACCAAAAAUCAAAAACCAAAUUCCAAAAACCAAAACCAAAAUCAUUAAGGCCCUUAUUGGUUUUCGGUUGCCAAAAACCAAUAAGGGCUUUAAUGGUUU